GGGCUGCUCCGGGAGCGGGUCUCGGCGGCGGGAGCGGCCGAGCGGUGCCACAGUGGCGUCGGUUGGCUGCUGAUGGGGAUCUCUCGCAGCGUGCGGAUGGCGCUGGGCUGCGUGCAGGAGGGACCUGCUGCAGGAGUGCCUCUGGUGAGGCCAGGGGGAUGCGGCUCAACCAGACCGAGCGCUGGACCUUUCCGCCGGGUCACACCAGGCGAGGGGCAGAGCUGCUGCAAACUGCCCAGGGGCGAAGGGUCUGGGGGGUCUGACACAGCAGCUGGAGAUGACGCGGUGUGUGCCCAAGAAGGCCACCAGCAUCCUGGCCUGGGUCGGCACAAAUGUGGCCAGCAGGACCAGGACUGGGAUUGUCUCCCUGGGUUGGGCACUGGUAAAACCACCCCUCAAAUCCCGGGUUCAGUUUUGGGCCCCAAGAAGGACCUCGAGGCGCUGAGGAGCUGGAGUGUGUCCGGACCAGGGCAUCGCGUGUGGACCCCAGGGUCAGCGAGCAAAGAGUGAUGCAGAACAUCACAGGAGAAGGAAGUCAGGGAGAUUGUUACCGAGGACCCUGAAGUUCACCGGAGGCUGGGAACGUGCAUGUGCAAGAGACAUGUGCAUGGCUGGGCAUGAACUCCAGAGGGCUGCUGAGUGUGUGAACCCCUGCCCGGACAUUCGGGGAUCUGUGCUCUCUGCAAGAUGCUGGCUCGGGCGCCCGUGUGGGCAGUGACCCCCUGCGUGCCUGCCUGCACCUGAAAAGAAUGUUCACUCCUCCGAGACAGAAGCGGCGCCGGGGAGCUCAGCUGCCCCUUCGGCGAGAGCCUCCAGCUCAAACCGUUCCGCCAUUCUCUGACAGUGGCCGCGCCAGAGCUGUUUCGCCCUCCCGCGCUGCCUGCACCCGGCUGCUCUGCAGCGCCUCGCCGGGCACGGCCGCCCCAGCAGCCAGCCGCGGAGCGCCGGGAGCGGCCGAAAGGGCCUGCCAGGCGCCGCCGUUUCCCGGAGCCGCCUCCGGCUGACAUACCCGGGGCCGAGCUCUGUUUUUCUGCCCCUCACGGAAACGCCGAGUGGAACUUCAGUUCCGGGCAGAAUCCCACCCCCCCCUCAUCCAGUGUGACUCGCUUCGUCGCGCCCGGUUCCCCAUCUCGUGGUGUCUGGAUACACCGGGAACACCUCCCGGGCACCCGUGAAGCGCAGUUGGCUCCCCGCGGCGUUCUGCGUGUGGAACGGGCACUGCGGCGGCGCCGGGCAGGCGAGAGGUCAGCAGGCAGAGUCACCAGGGAAUAGUUGGGAGGGACAUUUAAAGCUCGCCCAGUCCAGCCCCCUGCAGUCAGCAGGGGUAUCUGCGAUUGGAACCGGAUCCUCAGAGCCCCGAACAACCUGACCUGCAAUGGCCCCAGGGGUCUCACCGCUAUGGGCAACCUGGGACACAGCCUCACCACGCUCAGCAUCAAAAAAUUCUCCCACGUCUUCAGCCUGAACCUCCCUUUAUUAUUCUGGAACCACCACGCCUUGUCCUGUCACAGCAGGCCCUGCUAGAGGUCUGUCCCCAGCUUUCUGUCUGUCCCUUCAAACACCGAAGGGCCACCAGAAGGUCUCCCUGGAGCCUUCUCUCUCCCUCAGCCUGGAGCCCUUAGAUCAUCUUUGUGGCCUUCUCUGGCCCCGCUCCAUCACCUGGGGUAGCUCCUACAUUCCCACGGGGCAGUGCCAGUUGCCACGGACUGCAGCUCCACAUUCCUGCCCUGAUGCGCCAAAGGCAGCUGCCCUGUCCUGACCCGUCCUCGUCCCCAGAGCUCCAUCACGCUCUUGGCUUCUAUUUCGCAUGAGCUGCGAGAACUCAUCCCGAGGGUGAGCAACACCUGGGGCUGAUGCUCUCCGUGGUCCCUGGCGCCUGGAUGCCUACCCUUACUCCUGGCUGGUACUCCUCAUGUGCGCUAUGCUCGGUGCCCGGCGCUAAUGCUUCCCUUCAUUCCCUGUACCGGGGCUGGGUGCUCCCUGGGAUUCCCGGUGCCGCGAGCGUGAUGCUGCCGGUAGCGGAUACUCCCCGGACCCGGUGCCGGGCCCGCACCGCGCCGUGAUGCCGCUGCCCGCCGCGAUCCCUCCCGCAGCUGCGUUCCCUCCGCUUCCGCCGCGAUCCCUCCCGCAGCUGCGUUCCCUCCGCUUCCGCCGCGAUCCCUCCCCUCGGCUUCCAUCCCGCCCCCAGCCGUGCUUUUGAGGGCCUUCCGCUGGCGCCAAAGCGGCUCUGCUUGCUGGACCUUUCUUGCCUCGGCUCCGCCGCUAGCCCCGGCGGACAUGCAGCGAGCCGCGGUGAUGUUCGAGGACGUGGCCAUUUAUUUCUCCCCCGAGGAGUGGGUGGAGCUGGAGGCUUGGCAGAGGGAGCUCUACCAGGAGGUGAUGAUGGACAACUAUGACCUGGUCGCUAGCCUGGUUUCCUGGGGCUGGACAGGUGGCAAAGACUUGUCUGAGGAUGCUGACAGAGGACGCUGGGCACUGGGUGCAUUGCCAGCCGUGGUGGCUGAGGACUCGUACCACACACUUUGGUGCAAUGCCGAGCUGAGGACCUGGAGUGGAAACCUCUGGGGGGAGCAGCCCGUGGCGGAGAGCAGGAGUCUGCUCAUCUGCGGCAUUUGUGGGAAGAACUUUGAGGAUGAGGCCAGUCUGAGGGCACACCAGGACGAGUCUUCGCACCUGUCACUCUCCUACCAGUGCAGCACAUGCGGCAAAGCUUUCCGGUACCGCCAAAACCUCCUGACGCACAAGAAGGUCCGGGGUUGGUUCCGGCACACCUGCAGCGAGUGUAGCAGGACCUUCUGCCUGAAAGGCGACCUGCUGCGGCACCGGGCGAGCCACGGCAACGAGGGCAACUACUGCUGCCCGCUCUGCAGCGACCGCUUCCUCCACAAGCGGGACCUGCUGACGCACCUCAAAGAACACGCCAGUGGCACCAUCCAACAGUAUCCUCGCUGUGCAAAUCACUUUGAGGAUGAAGCCAGAGUGAGCCAUCCCUGCCCCACCGAGGAGCAGCCCUUCGUGUGCCGGCGCUGCGGGCGCGGCUUCAGCUGGAAGGAGAGCCUGCUCAUCCACCAGCGCAGCCACGCGCCCGAGCGCUCGCACCGCUGCCCCGACUGCGGCCGCAGCUUCAGCCGCAGAGUCAACCUGCUGGGCCACCAGCGGGUGCACACGGGGGAGCGGCCCUUCGCCUGCCCGCUCUGCAGCAAGGCCUUCGCCAACAAGGCCAACCUCAUCACCCACAAGAAGCUCCACCGGCGAUACAAGACCUUUGGCUGUGGCCAGUGUCGCCUGGGUUUCAGGUCCAAAGGCGACCUGCAGCUGCACCUCCAGGUGCACAGGGACAGUGCUGGAGGGACUCCUGUGAACGGUGCCUGCCAGGAGUAGCUGUUGCUGCUCUGGAGCAUGGCAGUGGCAUUGUUUUGCCCCACCACGGGAGAUGAUUUUGCUGGUGCUGCUGUCCUGAGGCUUGGCCUGCAGAGUCUGUAAGGGAAAGACUGUGUCUGUGUGGGCUCCAAUAAAGCUUUGGAUGCUCCUUCUUAGAGUGUUUUUCUGGAGAUACCGGCUGCCAAGGUGGCCACCAACAGCCUGGCUUGGAUCAGCACCAGUGAAGCAGCAGGACCGGGGGCAGGGAUUGUCACAUUGGACUGGGCACUGGCAAGGCCACACCUUGAAUCCUGGGGUCAGUUUUGGGCUCCAUAUGCCAAGAUGGACGUUGAAGUACUGGAGCAGGUUCACAACCUCUGGACAGCCUGCUCCAGGGCUUCAGCUCCCUCACACCAAAGAAGUUUCUUCUACUUGGGUGGAACCUUCUUAGUUCUAGUUUCUGCCCAUUGCCCCUUGUCCUGUUUCUGGGUACCACUGACAAGGUCUGGCCCCACCCUUUUGCUCCUUACGAGUCCCUUCUGGGUCUGCUGCAGGCUCUACAGCCGCAGGACUCUCAGCCUUUCCUCCUCACAGAGAUGCUCUAGGCCCCUCAGCAGCUUUACAGCACCCACUGGACUCUCUCUUGUAGUCUUGUAGUUCAUUUUCUCUCUUAAACUGGGAAGCUGGGAACUGAGCCUGUGGCCUCACUGUGGGAGAGCAGAAGGGAAGGAGAACCUUUUACUCCAGUGGUGCACAAAAAAGGUGCCAGGAAGCUGGCACAACUGGUUACAGCCAGGUAGGGUAUUCAUAUUAACCAGGAUACAUAAACCUUUCUAUUUGCUAUCUAAGCACAUUCCAUUGGAAUGUUCAUCUUCAUCUAAAGGCACCAUGGGCCGUGCUGUGCCUGCUCUGAGAGGGUUGGUCUUGGGGACAAAGAGCUUCUUAGCUCGAGAUGUGUGUUUUAGUACUACACAGAUGUGGUUAACGAGUAAAGUUCACUCAUGAGAAACAUA